GCACUCAGCUCUAAUAGCAGUCUCUGUUUCCUGCCAUUGAGUCUAGAGGACUGUGUGAAAUAAUGCGGUCACAUCGAUGAGAGCUUGCGUUAAAAACAUCUAGUGUGAAAAUGAAACAGACCUGAGGAGGAAACGCGAGAGACGAGCACAGAAUUUUCAGCUACCAAAACCUUACAAUGGCUUUAUAAUCCCUGCUUUUCAAGGUGCUGAACUUUGACAGACUUGUUUGUGAUGGCUUGUGACAAAGGCGGUCAGAAGGAGACCUAUGUGUCCACGAUUAGCCUGCAGCUGAAGCCAUCAGCAGGACCACACACUGCAGCAGAAAGUAGAAGGUGGACAGAGAACGGGACAAUUACACCAUUGCAGGACAAAGAAAAGAUAGGUCUGGACAAAGAAACAAACCAGACAACAAAACAACAGGGUUCAGGGAACAUGGAGAAUGUGUCAACUCCUAAACCCCAGAGUGAGCCGCUUCAGAAGAGUGUGGAUAACAGAGAAAAGGAGAGAAAAGCAGUCACACCUAGGAGAAGAGUCUACUGUAGCUCAGGACCUCUGGUGGAGUUCUUGGAUCCUCUGGAAAAGGUCCAGGUCUGUGUGGGUGAAUGUGUUCAACUGCACUGCUCCUUCAGAAGCUUAGGGCCUACAGCUUCCUGUUGGAUCCACAACAGAAAAAAGCUUGUAGUGGAUGGAGAACGCACCCAUAUAGAGAGCAGCAGUAACGGCAGCAUCUUGACCAUCUCUGAGGUGUUUCCUGCCGAUGCAGGAAGCUAUUCACUGUUCGUGCGAAAUCAACGAGGCACAGCUCAGCACACAAUAAUUCUCAACAUCAGAGAUCGGCCUGAGCGCCCUGCCUCAUGUCCAUUCGUGUCUCAGUUGACCCCUAGUUCUUUAGUGCUGUCUUGGUGUGGCCCAAGCUACGACGGUGGCUCCGCUGUCACAAACUAUGUGGUAGAAAUUCAAAGCCUAGGUCCAUCUGACUCCGGAGAAUGGACAGAGCUCACUAGCAAGUGUAAGGACACCACCUAUCGGGUCUGUUCAGGCCUUCACCCUCAGGGCGAGUACCGGUUCCGUGUACGGGCCUGCAAUGCCAUAGGGAUCAGUGACCCCAGCGAAGAGUCAGACUGCAUCAAGAUGGACACUGCAGGGGAGCCACAAGAAGAGACUCCGUCAUCUGUCGACGUUGUCAUUGACACAACACACACAGUCAAAGAUCACUACAACAUCCAUGAAAAAUUAGGAGUAGGGAAGUUUGGGCAGGUGUUCAGACUGACCCAUAAGGAGACUGGUCGGGUGUGUGCUGGGAAGUUCUACCGUGCCGUUGUGUCUAAAGACAAAGAAGCUGCACGGAAGGAGAUUGAGCUGAUGAAGCAAUUGCACCACCCUAAGCUGGUGCAGUGUCUGGGGGCUUAUGACAGCCGCUCCGAGAUCACCAUGAUCAUGGAGUAUGUUGCUGGUGGUGAGCUGUUUGAGCGCAUCGUGGAUGAAAAUUUUGAGCACACAGAGCCCAACAGCAUGCAGUACAUGCGUCAGAUACUGGAGGGCGUCCAGUACAUUCAUCGCAAAAGCAUUGUCCACCUCGAUCUCAAACCAGAGAACAUAGUCUGUGUCAACUCUAUAGGAACCCUCAUCAAGAUCAUUGACUUUGGCCUGGCCAGGAAGCUGGAACCAGGUAGGCCUUUGAUGGUGAUGCAUGGGACGCCAGAAUUUGUGGCUCCAGAGGUGAUCAAUUUUGAGCCUGUGGAUCUGGCAAGUGAUAUGUGGAGCAUUGGGGUCAUCUGCUACAUCCUACUGAGUGGGGAGUCACCGUUUCAGGGAAGCAGUGACGCAGAGACGCUGGCUCUGGUCACUGCAGCAUCUUGGGAGUUUGACCCAGAGUUUGAUGACAUCACAGAUGAGGCCAAGGACUUUAUCUGCAAGCUGCUGAAGAAGGAGAAAAGGGCCAGAAUGUCUUGUGAACAGGCUUUGGCCCAUGCAUGGAUGGCCUCAUCUUCCUCCUCUCACAGAGUCACAAAAACCCUCAACAAGGACAAGAUGAGACGAUUCCUGGCCAGACAAAGAUGGCAGAAAACAGGUAAAGCUGUGCUGGCACUGAAGAGGAUGGCUCACCUCUCGCACAGAUCAGAUGGGUCCGAGUCUCCUUCCAUGCCGAUGAGUGAUAGAGGUUUGGGGAAGGAGGCAGAACAGGCUGUUGCGUCUCUCGAGCAGCAGCUGAGGAGUCAGCCAAGUUUCCCUCAAACUUUUCAUGAUCUCACAGAACCUUGCGGUGCCACUGUAUACAUGGCCUGCGUCAUACAGGGUUACCCUGACCCAGAGGUGGUGUGGCUGCUUGAUGAUGAGCCACUUGAAGAAACUCAGCGUGUGCAGAUCCAGUACAAGGAGGACGGCCUGUGCACCCUCACUCUGGCUCAAGUCCAGCCAGAGGACUCUGGUAUAUACAAGUGUCAUGCUUCCAACUAUCUUGGACAGGCGUUGUGUUCAGCCAGGCUCACUGUAGCCAGAUAGAUCAGUGGACUUCACUUGGAGCUUUAGGACCAUAGCAAAAUUUGCAGCGGUGUGGACCAAAUGUAGCGAAAGCAAAACGGAAGAUUUUUUUGGGUGUUGUGGGCUGACAAAGCACUCAAAAUAAAUGGCACUGCCCAUCACAAAAGGGGUUUAAUCUUCAGUGGUAGGUUCUAGAGACAGAGGUUUAUCUGGUAAGCUAUGACUCUCCCUGCUGGACAUCUUCAGAAUACAUGUUUCAUUUUCAUAGCAUACCAAUUUCAAGUGUUCCUAGACCAAAGUGACCUUUUCAGAUUUGACAUGUUUUGUAAU